AUGGCCGGAUGGGCACAGCUCUUCGGAGCGGUCCUUGCGGCGGGUGCAUUGGGGUGGUACGUUGCCAUCUGGACGAUCUGUCUUUUGGGAUGGAAAGUAGCGCAUGAGCUCUUUGGCAACCCCUACCCCCGUUCCCCCCUCUCGGCAAUCUGUGCAGAGAGCGAGCGGGAAGAUGCGCCUCUUGCCUCGAGCGAGCCGUCGAGUGCCGCGCCGGGCGUGUCGGUGCUGCGUCCCCUCGCCGGUCUCGACUGCAAUCUGUUUACGAACCUGUGCUCGCUAUUUGAGCAGCAAUACCCCAGCGACCGCUUCGAGGUGCUCCUGAGCGUCAUGUCGGACGCCGACCAGGCCCUGCCGGUCGCGCGCCAAGUCGUGGCGCGCUAUCCCCACAUUGCGAGCAACAUCAUCAUCGGCGCGGCCGAUUCCGGUGUGAACCCUAAAAUCAACAAUCUCGUGCGGCCGUACGCCGAGGCCAAGUACGAUAUUGUGUGGGUCGUCGAUUCCCAAGUGUGGCUUGCGCCUCAGGCGAUGGGCCGCGCGGUGGAUGCGCUAAUGAUGCAGCCGCCGUCCCCGCCGCCAGCGGUGCUGCACCGGCAGCCGCACGGCGCGCGCGUCGGCCUCGUCCACCACGUCCCCCUCGGUGUGCUGCCCGCCAACACCUGGGGCUCUCACAUUGAGCGUGCGUUCUUGAGCACGACGCAUGCCAAGAUGUACCUCGCUAUUAAUGCCGUUGCGAUCGAUAGCUGCGUGAUGGGCAAGAGCAACAUGUACCGCAAGAGCGACCUCGCCCAGGUGCCGGACACCUUUUUCGCAUACGAUGCAGAGAAAGGCGCCGGAGACGACGCGAUCGGCAGCCGUGCGUUUGACGUGCCUGAUGCGGGCGCACCUGAAUCGGUCGUUGUCGACAUGCAGCCGCCGUCGCACGACGUCGUGCAGACCGCGUCGCGGCCGCUCGCUCGCUUCGGCAUCUACCUUGCCGAGGACAACAUGCUGGCUUUGAGUCUAUGGCGCGCGCCGCUGAACCUUGCUCACCGCAUUUCACCCGGGGACGUUGCGCAUGUCGCUGUCGGCGAUAUCCAGACGAUUGCCGAAUACGCCAAGCGGCGUAUGCGCUGGAUCCGUGUGCGCCGUCACAUGGUCCCUGCCGCGACGUAUCUCGAGCCGCUGACCGAGAGCUUGGUGGCCGGCGUCUGCGGCUGGAUCGGCCUGUAUACGUGGCUCUUUGUGCCGCUCAUUGGCGCGGUGCAUGGCCGGAUGUACUAUGCGCUCUUUUCGCUCUUUUACGCGCUGCACCUCGCGGCGUGGUACUAUGUCGAUAUCCAUGUCCUGUCCUCGCUGCGGUGCGGCAACCCCCUUCCCGAUGCAGAGAGCAAGUACUUUUUCGGCGCGUGGUGUAUGCGCGAGCUACUUGCCUUCCCCAUCUGGCUCUGGGCGAUGGUCGGAUCUACGGUGACGUGGCGCGGCAAGCGCUACCGCAUCCUGCAGGAUGCACGCGCCGCACGCAUGUCGGGCGACCGUGGCCUUGCCGACUAG